AUGGAUAGUAUGCGUGUGUCAAACGAGCGGCUGCAGCGCGCGCUGAAGAAGGAGCGGGCUCGGAAUAGCACUCUGAGUGACGUAAACAAGAAGCUAGUCUCAAAAAUGCACCUCAUGGAAGAAGAGGCGGUUGGAGGAACCGAGGAGUCGCCAGCGGUUAGUAACGAGAGCCACCUGCCACAAAACUCACAACAGACAGGGACUUUUGCCGAGGACUUGGAUGUUUCGUCAACAGAGCUCGACCCACUCAAGCCGACAUAUAAUAUGCCGCUGUCAAAGUUCGCCGAUGUCGGCCUGUCCAGCGACAGCGAGUCAGCGAGCGAGACUAAGCUCGGCCAUACCAUGCCCCUUUCACAACCACCUUCAAGGAACCCGUUCUCGGUUGCUGGUACAAGCUCGCCGCGUACCAUCAUGCCUACUGGUAAUGCCUGGGACUCCCAGCAUCAAGUCGGGCCACCAACCAGCAAGCCGUAA